AUGAAUCUCCUUGUACUCUGGACGGUCAUCGUGCUGGGGCUGGGCCCCCUCGCCGACAGUACCGGGGACGCGGGGCUCCGGGGGCUCCCGGAGAAGGAGACCCGAUGUGCCGCCCUGGUGCAGGCCGCACUGAGGGAGUACCGAAAACUUCACGCGGCGGGACUCCAUGAUUCACCGCAUGUGAUUGAUCUGAUAUUGGCAAGACUGGGAAUCCCUCCGAACGACACAAUUAAGACCAUAGAAAGGAAGGUCUUAGAUAACACCGAUGAAAUGGGACAUGAAACCGGAAAAAAGACAGUUGUUGAGAAGACGACGGAGUCUGACGUAGCACCCAACGGAACUAUAACAAAGACUUCGGAAACCACGGUCGAUAUAGAUGAGGACGGUAAACAAAGUGGUGAAAAAUCUGUGACCGAAAGUGAAACCAUGACGGGACAGACUCCAGAUAAUGGGACCAUAGCACGAACAGUGGACGUUAAAAAGGUAUUGGACGAAGAGGGCAAUGAAAUAAAGGAGGAAGUUGUUAUUAAGAAGGAAUUGAUAGUACAACCUCCCACCAAUACGACUGAGGAAAAGCCGCAGGACAAUGAAGACGCAAAUCUUAUCGGUCCAAAAGUAGGGGCGGACGACAAAGGUGAAAACAAAACCGAGUUAAAACUUGGCGCCUCAGGAAAGAGCGACGGACCUCAGAAAGCAGAACUAACAGAGGAAAUAAAGGAGAUUCUGCCCGGCAAUAUAACGAAUGAAGUGUUAGUUAAAGAGAAGAAAGAACAGCUUUCUCCACAGGAAAGCACCAAGGUGACAUCUGUGGAAAGGAAGAAUGUUACAGAGAAGGAUGAUGGACUUGAGAAAGUAGAACGAACAGAGGAAAUAAAGGAGAUUCUGCCCGGCAAUAUAACGAAUGAAGUGUUAGUUAAAGAGAUGAAAGAACAGCUUUCUCCACAGGAAAGCACCAAGGUGACAUCUGUGGAAAGGAAGAAUGUUACAGAAAAGGAUGAUGGACUUGAGAAAGUAGAACGAACAGAGGAAAUAAAGGAGAUUCUGCCCGGCAAUAUAACGAAUGAAGUGUUAGUUAAAGAGAAAGAAGAACAACUUUCUCCACAGGAAAGCACCAAGGUGACAUCUGUGGAAAGGAAGAAUGUUACAGAAAAGGAUGAUGGACUUCAGAAAGUAGAACGAACAGAGGAAAUAAAGGAGAUUCUGCCCGGCAAUAUAACGAAUGAAGUGUUAGUUAAAGAGAAAGAAGAACAACUUUCUCCACAGGAAAGCACCAAGGUGACAUCUGUGGAAAGGAAGAAUGUUACAGAAAAGGAUGAUGGAAAAGAUGUCGAGAAAGAAACUGUAAUUCAAAAAGAAGUCGAAAAGAAUGUGUGUGAUAGCGACAUCAAAGAAGUUCGUAACGAAAAACAUCUUAAUGAAACAAUUGAAGACUUGAAACACCAAGUGGAUGACGUGAAAAACAAGAUUAAGGAAGAAAAAGAAAAGGCUGAAGAAACAAAUGCUACGCGUAGCCCAUGCGUCGUAAAAGAACCAAGUGCUGCCCCUAUCAUUCAAGAAGGUAACAUCGUUGAAAAGAUAGUCCCUGCUGUGACGCCGGCGAAGGUUGCCGAAAAGAUUCAUCCUACGGUGACGGAAGGGAAAGUCCCCGUUGAGACAAAAGAGAAGGUUGUUGAGCAGGCUGCCCCUUCGGUGACGGAGGAGAUAGUAAGCGUCUCUAAGGAGCAAGAAGAAGUCCCUGUUGUGGCAGAAGAGAAGAAGGUUAUUGAAAAGAUUCAUCCUACGGUGACGGAAGGGAAAGUCCCCGUUGAGACAAAAGAAAAGGUUGUUGAGCAGGCUGCCCCUUUGGUGACGGAGGAGAUCGUAAGUGUCUCUAAGGAGCAAGAAGAAGUCCCUGUUGUGGCAGAAGAGAAGAAGGUUAUUGAAAAGAUUCAUCCUACGGUGACAGAAGGAAAAGUACCGGUAGUCCCUCAACAGGAGGUUGUUGAAAAAGUUGCCCCAUCGCCGACAGAAGAAAAAGUUCCUGCUGUGACACAAGAAAGGGUUAUUGAGCAGAAUGCCCCACAAGAAAGGGUUAUUGAAAAGGCUGCCCCUCCGGCGACAGAAGAGAUUGUCACUGUUUCUAAAGAGAAAGAAGAAGUCCCUGUUGUUAUAACAGAGGAAAAGGUUCCCGUCGUGACAAAUCAGACAGUUGUUGAAAAGAUUACUCCUCCGGCGACAGAAGAGAUUGUCACUGUUCCUAAAGGGAACGAAGAAGUCCCUGUUGUUGUAACAGAGGAAAAGGUUCCCGUCGUGACAAAUCAGACAGUUGUUGAAAAGAUUACUCCUCCGGCGACAGAAGAGAUUGUCACUGUUCCUAAAGAGAAAGAAGAAGUCCCUGUUGUUGUAACAGAGGAAAAGGUUCCCGUUGUGACAAAUCAGACAGUUGUUGAAAAGAUUACUCCUCCGGCGACAGAAGAGAUUGUCACUGUUCCUAAAGAGAAAGAAGAAGUCCCUGUUGUUGUAACAGAGGAAAAGGUUCCCGUCGUGACAAAUCAGACAGUUGUUGAAAAGAUUACUCCUCCGGCGACAGAAGAGAUUGUCACUGUUCCUAAAGGGAACGAAGAAGUCCCUGUUGUUGUAACAGAGGAAAAGGUUCCCGUUGUGACAAAUCAGACAGUUGUUGAAAAGAUUACUCCUCCGGCGACAGAAGAGAUUGUCACUGUUCCUAAAGGGAACGAAGAAGUCCCUGUUGUUGUAACAGAGGAAAAGGUUCCCGUCGUGACAAAUCAGACAGUUGUUGAAAAGAUUACUCCUCCGGCGACAGAAGAGAUUGUCACUGUUCCUAAAGGGAACGAAGAAGUCCCUGUUGUUGAAACAGAGGAAAAGGUUCCCGUUGUGACAAAUCAGACAGUUGUUGAAAAGAUUACUCCUCCGGCGACAGAAGAGAUUGUCACUGUUCCUAAAGGGAACGAAGAAGUCCCUGUUGUUGAAACAGAGGAAAAGGUUCCCGUCGUGACAAAUCAGACAGUUGUUGAAAAGAUUCAUCCUCCGGCGACAGAAGAGAUUGUCACUGUCUCUAACGAGAAAGAAGAAGGCCCUGUUGUUGUAACAGAGGAAAAGGUUCCCGUCGUGACAAAUCAGACAGUUGUUGAAAAGAUUACUCCUCCGGCGACAGAAGAGAUUGUCACUGUCUCUAACGAGAAAGAAGAAGUCCCUGUUGUUGAAACAGAGGAAAAGGUUCCCGUCGUGACAAAUCAGACAGUUGUUGAAAAGAUUACUCCUCCGGCGACAGAAGAGAUUGUCACUGUUCCUAAAGGGAACGAAGAAGUCCCUGUUGUUGUAACAGAGGAAAAGGUUCCCGUUGUGACAAAUCAGACAGUUGUUGAAAAGAUUACUCCUCCGGUGACAGAAGAGAUUGUCACUGUUCCUAAAGGGAACGAAGAAGUCCCUGUUGUUGUAACAGAGGAAAAGGUUCCCGUUGUGACAAAUCAGACAGUUGUUGAAAAGAUUACUCCUCCGGUGACAGAAGAGAUUGUCACUGUUCCUAAAGGGAACGAAGAAGUCCCUGUUGUUGUAACAGAGGAAAAGGUUCCCGUUGUGACAAAUCAGACGGUUGUAGAAAAGAUUACUCCUUCCGUAACAGAAGAAAGAGUUGUCAAUCAAAGGAAGGUUGUUGAGAAGGGUGCCCCCUCUGUCAGCGAAAGCGUAGUUUCCAUUCCAAAGAGGGAGGAAGGAGUAGUUGAAAGAAUUGCUCCUGUUGUAAAGAAAGCAAUUACAACAGAGUAGUGAUACCAGGUUGCUGUUUCUCUUAUCUAUUUCAU